AGUGUAGGGGGCGCUGUGGAGCACAGCUGCGUCUGGAACAGAGACCCAGCGGACGGACGGACGGACGGCUCGGCGGCGGAGGGAGAAACAUGGCGGCGUCCAAGGUGAAGCAGGACAUGCCUCCUCCGGGAGGCUACGGGCCCAUCGAUUACAAGAGAAACCUGCCGAGACGGGGGCUCUCCGGGUAUGCUAUGUUUGGAAUCGGUAUUGGAGUUAUGCUGUUCGGAUACUGGAGGAUGUUCAAAUGGAACAGGGAGAGGAGACGAUUGCUGAUUGAGGAGCUGGAGAGUCGGAUAGCUAUUCUACCUCUGCUGCAGGCUGAACGUGACCGACAGAUGCUAAAGAUGCUUCGAGAGAAUCUGGAGGAAGAAGCCGUCAUUAUGAAGGACGUCCCUGGCUGGAAGGUGGGCGAGAGUGUGUUCCACACAGACCGCUGGGUAGCUCCACUCUCAGAGGAGCUCUACAACCUUCGUCCUCGAGAGGAGCUUCUAAAUAAGAAGUUCGGUUUCCUGAUGUACGUCUAGGAUCCUGUUGAGUUUAAGCCCAGUGGGCCCUGGUGGGAGGGGACCAGCCAUCUGCCCCAACUCUGCUCUGGAAGAUAGAGCACCCUGUUCAGAUUGUAAAUGUUUAAAGUAUUAAAUAUGUUUUCUUUGAUUCCCA